GGCUUUUCACUGUCGAUAUCGGGGGGCUUGGUGGAGAGCCGGCGGACCGGGUUUUGAGGGGGGCUUCCGAUCCUGAGUGCGCAGUUGGAAUAAAAAACACAACACAGAGAUUCACUGGUUCGGGUUGAGACGGGCAACAUGGAAAUGCUGGCAGUUCUUAAUUUGGGCGAUUUUGCCCAAGCUUUCACUAAAGUGGGAUUGUUUCCUGUGUUUGAUCUCGCUUAUUACAUCGUGUCCAUCCUCUACCUCAAGUAUGAGCCAGGCUCGGUGGAGGUCUCUCGCAGGAGUCCUGUGGCCUCCUGGCUCUGUGCCAUGCUCUACUGCUUUGGUAGUUAUAUCGUGGCAGACAUCUUGCUUGGAGGCAGCCCACUCGACUAUUUCCAACACAACAGCCACAUCCUGCUGGCCUCAGCUGUCUGGUACCUCAUCUUUUACUGCCCGCUGAACCUCUUCUAUAAAUGUGUGGCUUUCCUGCCCGUCAAGCUGGUGUUGGUCGCCCUGAAGGAGGUCGUCCGCGCCCGUAAGAUCGCCGCUGGUGUUCACCACGCCCACCACGCCUACCACCACGGCUUCUUCAUCAUGGUCAUCAUCGGAUACGUCAAAGGGUCUGGAGUAGCUCUCAUUUCCAAUUUUGAGCAGCUGCUGCGUGGUGUGUGGAGGCCUGAGACCAAUGAGAUCCUCAACAUGUCAUUCCCAACCAAAGCCAGCCUGUACGGAGCCAUCCUCUUCACCCUGCAGGAGGCUCACUGGCUGCCAGUGUCCAAGAGCACCCUCAUCCUCAUCUUCACCCUCUUCAUGGCCACAAGCAAGGUUUGGAUGACUGCCCGACACUCUCACGGCUCCCCUUUCGCUCUCAUUGAGUCCUGGAUUUGCCAUCUGCUGUUCGGCUCCCCUCUGGGCUCUGAGGACGACCACCACCACCAUCCUCCUGCUGCCGCCCCAUCCUCACCACUCAAAACCAAGGAGGAGCUGAGUGAUGGUACUCGCAAAAGGAAGGCAAAGAAAGCCGAGUAGGGCGCCGCGCUGAACCACUGAAACUGCAUCUGACUUGCCCUCAUGGCCUGCGCAUGAUGGCACUUCCCAUUCCUUUUCCAGGGAAAGGGGCAGUUUGAUGUUUCACCAAAUGAGACCCUUUCUAUUAGAGCAACAUGGUGCUUCCUGCGUUUUACACAGCACAGGGACUCUGUAAAUAUUACGGCAAAUGAUUCACUCUUCAACCCAACCUGGACAUUUGAAAGCUAUUUAUUUACCUGCAUCUGUGCUCAACACUAUGUGGUGAUCCACGUUCAGGAGGUCCACGUCGUUCUAGGAUGGCCUCCUGCUCCACAUCAGUAGUUGUGGCAGCGAUUUCAACCCGAAAUUCAAAUGUGAAUGAAGCGCUAUGUGAAAGAACAUUUCUGCUUUUUACAUUGAGAUAAGGACAAAUUCAUGUCUUUAAAUAAAAUCAAGAGAAACA